AUGUCAACUGAAGACAGAAGGGGACAAAAUUUGAAAGAUGAAGAAUCUAGAGAGAUGACAGUUAAUGAUAGUCUCAGUGUCAUGACGAAAGAAGAAGUCGGCUACGGAAGAGGCGGGGAGAGAUUAACUGUCAACCUAAAGGAGAGCAAUAUCUUUGAGCAAGGUGAUCAACUUUCUUGUCCUGGAGAUUUGGCUGCUGGAGAUAUCUACACACAUGCAUUUCAUGGCUAUCUAAGCACUAUCUUGGAUCCGGAGAGCUGGACCAUCCCUAAGACCGUGUGGGAAGCCAAGAACCGUGGAGUCCUUUUCGAUGUUGGCCACGGCCAGGGGUCAUUUAAUUGGACUGUUCUGGAAAAAUGCGCCGCCGAAGGCUUUUGGCCGGACACGAUCAGCACGGAUCUUCACAGCGGCAAUCUUCAGGGCCCGGCGUAUGACUUACCGACGGUAAUGACGAAACUUCUACACGUAGGAAUGCCUUUCGUUGAAAUUAUAAAAGCAGUUACGAUAACGCCAGCCCGGGCCCUGGGAAUCUCUGACAAAGUUGGUGUUUUGGCUCCUGGUCGAGAAGCAGACAUCACAAUAGUGAAAAUCGAAGAUUGUGACGCCUGGUUGGAAGACAGCGCGGGACAACGACGUCGUAUUAGGAAGCGCAUCGUCCCCGUCGCAGUGUUUAAAGGCGGGAAAUUGUUUGAGACACGUCGGCCUGUUCCGUGGCCGAAUGUGGAGACGGGCAAAAAUCUGGCGACUCAGUGGAGGAGUCAAGUCGUACGGGAUUCGGAGGAACCGAAAUUUUAA